AUGUUUUAUGUAGUAAAGGGACUCAAAACUAAAUUGUCAAUAGAGCCAAACUAUUUAGAUCAAUUAAAAGAUUAGAAGUUCAUUUUAGAAUAAAUUGUAUAGAAAUUAGAAGGGAAGUACUUCGAUGAUGUAGGGUACAUCAUUUGUAUAAAUAAAUGCAUGAAUUACAAUUAAAAUUAGGAUGAAUAAAUUGAUGCAUUAAUUGAAGAGGAUGGAACCGUUAAAGUGGUGAUUAAAUUUGAAGCCAUAGUAUUUAAAGUGUAGGAAAAGGAAAUAGUCGAUGUUGAAGUGAUCAAAUGUGAAGCCUAAGCAGUCUAUGCAAAAUUGGGGCCUAUUGAUUUUAUCAUUCCAAGAGAUAAAUUACCUACUAAUUACACCUUUUCUAAUGUAUAUUUAUCAUUGUUAACUCAGGAAUCCUAUAAAGAUUAAGACGAAGAAGUCAUUAAAUAAGGUACUAAAUUAAGAGUCCAAGUUCAAAAAACACAUUACAAACAGGGCAAAUUAAGAGCAUUUGCUCAUCUAACUGGUGACAAUUUAGACAAUAUUUGUGGCAUACUAAGUGAUGAUCUGAAAGUUAAUUAACAAAUUAUUCAUGAUAGUAAAAAUUACUCAUCUAUCUUGUAGUUAUGUGAAGACGAACAAUCAAAGUAGAAAUAUCAAAGAAAUAACAAUACUUAAGAUUAGUUAAAGCAAAUCACAGAAAUUGUGAUUAAAAAAUAAUAGGAAUUUUUGGGAUUAGAAAAACAAUUAUAGAAGUAUGAAUCAGAAGUUAGACAGAAUAUUAGAGAUCAAUAUUUAAUGUAAUAGUAGUGCGAUGAUUUAAAAUCGAGAAUCGAAGAAUUAGAGAGUAGCAGAACUGAAUUUUUAAAUAAUACAAAGAAUAUCAUUAUUAAAUUUAAAAGAGAGAAUGAAGAAUUAUAUUAGAAAUGCAAAUCCUUAACUGCUUAAUUAUAAAAAAUUGAUAAUUAGUCAAUUAGCAAAUACUCAACCAUAGAUAAUACUGUAAUGACCAACCUGACAAAUAUAGUUGAUUAGAAAAAACCAAAUAAGAAAACCAACACUACUCCUUAAAAACUAAAAACUGAUUUCGAUGUAUCAGAAAAACGAUUAAGUUAACCAAUUUUCAAGCCCAAUUAUUUUUAAAAGAAAUAAUCUAUACAAAUUAGUAUAUAAAAUAAAAAAAAGUCAUUCUAGUAGUUAGAAAACUAUUUGAAUGUAACGACAAGUAUGUGA